CUUCUUAUUUUCCGAGAAAAAAUCAUUACUUUGGGGUAUGGGUACAGAGAUGAUUCCUUACCAAUGUGGAAAUCGUGUCAUUUUGUUCUUAAAAACCAGUCACUUACUAUCCCACCCUCUGUAUAACCACCCCCCCCAAACACAGACAGCGCUGCUUCUUCUAUAAUUCUUUUAGUCAUUUCAUAUACUUUUUCAUCAUAUUUCAAUGGCUAAGGAAGAUCAAAAGCUCAGUGUGGUGUUCCUCCCGUACUUAGCUCCAAGCCAUAUCAUCCCCAUGGUUGAUAUCGCCAGGCUAUUCGCCGGCCGCGGGGUCGCCGCCACCAUCAUCACCACCACAAACAACGCCCUUCUCUUCCGAGACUCCGUCAAUCACGACGCCGCCUCUGGCCUCAAUAUCUCAGUUCACACUAUCAAACUACCCUCGGCCCAAGUGGGCUUACCUGAAGGUAUCGAAAACUUCGGCCAAUGCACUUCCCCACAACUCAUGGCCAAACUCGGUUACGCCAUCGUUUUGCUCCAAAAUCAGAUCGAAGAAUUCAUUAGGGACAAUCCGCCUGACUGCAUAGUCUCCGACAUGUUCUUCCCAUGGACUGUCGACCUCGCUGACGAGCUUCAAGUGCCUAGGAUCAUGUUGUAUCCCUCCAAUUCUUUCUUUCACUGCGUUUCGCAUAGCUUGAGGCUUUACGCUCCUCACGAAAAGGUACAGUCCGAUUCCGAGGAUUUCUUGAUUCCGGGUCUUCUCGAUGAGAUUCGCAUGGCGAGGUCUGAAUUACAGGACCAUUUCAAGGCCAAAUCCAGGUACGGAGAUUUGAUCAACUCAAUCAGAGAAACAGAGGGUCGUAGCUACGGCAUAAUUCUUACCAGUUUCUACGAUCUCGAACCCGCUUAUUCUGAUCACUUCAAAAAGGUCGUGGCGAGCAAGUGUUGGAAUUUAGGCCCUCUCUCUCUGUUCACCAACAGAGGCAAUGUUGGCCAAGAAAACAACUCCGGUGAAGAGAAACACAGUUGUUUGAGUUGGCUCGACACUCAAAAGCCCAAUUCAGUCCUCUACGUUUGUUUCGGUAGCAUGGUCCAAUUCUCCGAUGCUCAACUCACCCAGAUCGCGUUAGCACUCGAAGCAUCCGGGCACCCUUUUGUUUGGGUGGUGAGAAAGGAAGGGAAAAGCGAGGGAAAGCAAGAAGAGAGUUGGCUGCCAGAAGGAUAUGAAGAAAGAAUUGGGAGAGAUAGCAUGGGCUUGAUAAUAAAAGGGUGGGCUCCACAGCUGGAGAUCUUGGACCACCAGGCUGUCGGAGGGUUUCUGAACCAUUGCGGUUGGAAUUCUCUCCUCGAAAGCCUCACCGCCGGUUUACCGUUGAUCUCGUGGCCGUUGUUCGCCGAACACUUCUACAAUUCGAAGCUAUCCACUCAGGUUCUCAAGAUCGGAGUCGAAAUUGGGCCCAGGGUGUGGAAUCCUGGGUUUGAAAUCAACAGCCCUUUGGUGGGAAUGGAUGAGUUAACCAAGGCUAUAACUUUUCUCAUGGGUGGUUCACCGGAGGCGGUGAAGAUGAGGCAACGAGCGGAGGAGAUAGGUAUUAAGGCUAAGAGGGCCGUCGAAGAAGGUGGUCGUUCUUACUGCGAUCUCAAGGCUUUGAUUGAAGAGCUCAAAGCUUAUGCUCUUCAAAAAUAAGAAGUGGACUUUUAAAAUUAACAGCUUGUAUUUGAUAUCUGCAAACUCGCUGAGGGGAUAAUCAUCUGCCCUUUCUAUUUUGUGUUUGUAAGACUCUACUUUUGUGUUUAACUUUCAUUUGAAUAAAAAAAAAUAGCUUGUAUUGUUAUCACUUUUAUUAGAAUAAUGCUAUAAAGUUAGGUUAGUUAUCUUAAAUAAA